AUGUUUUGCCUCAAUCGAUAUGUUGAAGGAUCUCGUUCAACUCAAUUUCCUAUCGUUCUGCUUCUUGUCCUCUUGGCUCACUCUACAAUUGCUCAAGUUGUCAAUGUGACCAACACACCUGUCUUGAAUUCGACCCAAACACCUACCAAUCGAGCUACAAAUCUGACCAGUGGAAUCCAGGCCACUCCGAUCGCCACUAAUGUCUCACAAACUAAUCAAUCUCAACUUGCUUCAAAUGUCACUUCGGGACCAACAUCAAUACCCUCGAACUCAACCAACUCGACCAAUUCGGCGAACUCUACCUUCAAUGAAAGAGAGGUUCUACCACUCGAUACACGGGUCACUGCUCCUUUUGGAAUUCUUGGUGCUCUUCUUAUCAUUUCUGGUACUCCUAUGGCAUUUUGGGGUGGUCGUAAUCGAUGGUCGAGUUAUUUCUUGACUGGUGCUUACGUCGCAGCUAUAAUAGUCAUGGUACCCAUUCUGAGGUUUGGUGUCAUUGAACAAGACCCUCAUCCUAACAAUCUCGUUCAAGGCAUGUUCCUCUUAGCCUGUGUUGUAGCAGCAGUUGGAGCUGGUGGUGUUUCCGUCAUAUUUUGGAAAGGUACAAGAUAUCUCGUUGGUGCUGGUGGAGGUUUUGUCAUUGCACUCUUCAUUCUUUCACUUCGGGAAAAUGUUUUGAUCAGACCACCUGGUUUAAGAUGGGUGAUGAUCAUCGGGAGUGUUACCAUUGGUUUUGUACUUGCUACUAUCCCUGCCAUCCAACUUUACGUUACUGUUGUUGCUACUGCCGCAAUGGGUGCAGCAGCAGUGAUGCUCGGGGUAGAUUGUUUUACUACUGCUGGUGUGAAAGAAUAUUGGGUUUAUAUCGUUGGUUUUGGUCAAAUGUUCCCUAAGCUCGAUGGUCACUUUCCUCUUACAAUCACCAUGCAAGCCGAAUUGGGUGUCAUGGCAGGACUUUUCGUAAUGGGAGCUGCUGUUCAAUGGAGAUUAUUAGAAGUGAUUUACAAGAAGAUUGGAGUAUUGAAACAAUUAGAUCGAGAAAGGGCAAUGGUAGAAGAAGCCGCUGCGUAUCGACAAUCAAUGGCACUCGACGCAGAUCUUGCUAUUUGGGAAAAACGUUAUAAUAAGAACUAUAGCUCAUCAGAUGCAGCAGAUUCAACUAGUCAUGCUAAUUCACCUACACUUGAUCAUCAUACUCGAAAGUCUUCUCAGUUUUCACUUUUACCUCGUCUUUCAAAACAAACUUCUCCAAACGAAAAAGCGGGUGAUUCUCAACCUAGUACGCCUCAGGCCUUCAAUCAUUCAGCUAAGGCUCAUCUUUUACCUGGUAUCGACUCGGGUCGAGGUAUUAGAGACUCUUUAGGAUAUGAAGCUGAACCACUCUCACCUCAAGUUGGCGAUCAUCUUCUAUCACGCACCUUACAAAAUUCUCCUGUACACCAAGCUCAUCACAUCGCUCAACGUGAAACUUUAGCAGUGAUCGAAGAUAAGAUGAGAACAUUAGAGGAAGUUAGACAGAUGAGAGUUUCGGUAGAAAAACUUCGAGCUGAAUUAGCUUCUAGCUCUGGAUCUACCGAGGAUCAAUCACCAAGCCCUGGACCAUUCAAUACCAACUCUUUACCGAUCCCUACGACUACACCUACUCGAGCUCAAAUUGGCGAACCAAGUUGGAAAAACUCGACUGGGAUUGAUCAUUCACCAAACCGAUAUCUUAGAAAUCCAGAAAGGCUUUCAUCAGAUCCUAGACCUCAAUCGAUGAGUGUAGCCAUUGAUUUUGAUAAAUUUUCAAGUGAAAGAAGAGUAGCUCGACCACCAGGUGCACCGACUAGUUGGACUAAACGAAUGACCAUGGUAGAUUUAAGAGAACCUAGUGAUCGAGCUGGUAGACCAUUACCAUUAGAAAAUCAAGAAAGACUUCGAAGAAUCUCACAAGGUCCUACUAGAUUGAUUACGGUUGGUGAACCAGCGAUUGUAGAGAAAAAGGUUUCACCUCAAAGACAGAGUACAGUGAUGACUAUUGAAGAACUUGAUCAUCGUCAUAAAGAAGCUAUUAGGAAAUUACAGGGUCCUACGACUGAAAGUAUGACCAUCAAACAAACUGUUGAAUCACAAACUAAGAGUAAGAGAGAUCGAAGUAGUUCACAUCAUAUGCAGCAAGGUGGUAGUGGUGAAGGUUUCAAUCGAUAUGCUCCCCGUCCACAACAUCAAAGAGCUUCAACUUAUACAUUUGAUGAUCGAAGAAACUCAGCUUUCGUUUCACAACCUUCUCCACUUGCAACACCUUCAGCUCAAAAGAAAGAUAAAGCCAGUUGGUUAGAUUAUUAA